AUGCCUGGUGGUCUCAGGAAGUCCAGUGACGCGAGACUAUUCGUUCGGGAUUCUAACGACCCUUACGUGGACCCAUCAAAAUGCAAUACAAUGCACCGGAUACACAUCAGUAUCGAUUACUUGAACCAUGCCAACAAGCCGUGGCCAAACAGUCCUGAUAUUGUUCCCUCAAGAAGAGGGAAUACUGUGUAA